GCGUAAAUAUUGUCUAUGCCCGUAAAGUUUCUGCUAUUGUUCAGAAUAAAGGAGAUUUGUUGCUGUGGUCGCUGUGUGCGUUCUUGUUGAUUUUAAUCUUUAAUUAAUUUAUGUUGACUGCAUGUUGUAUAUUUAAUUGUUUUGUGUUGGACUAAGCACUGCAACAAGAACGAACAACGAAUACGUAUAUAAUGUCUUCCAACUCUGAGGGUAAUUAAGAAACUUUAUCGCCAGAACAUUCGUUCUUAAAAGCUAGAAUUAACAAUAGUCGCCUUAUAAAAUUCAAGACGUUUAUUAAAUAAUAGUUGACAAGAUGCCCAGAACUUUGUGCAAAUUUUUUCAACGUGGUAAUUGCCGUAAUGGAGAGCAAUGUCGUUACUUGCAUAUUAACUCCUCUCCUAAUGCGUCGUAUGCUAGAAGUGUUCCAGUUAAUCAAACCAAUAAUUUUAAUCCGAUGCAACAAGUGCAGCAAUAUCCCAAUCCCUCAACGACGGUUGUGCAAGAAAAUUGGGUAAAUGCAGCUGAGUUUGUACCAAACUCAAAUGGCCAGACUGAUUAUUCUCAAUCUGCACCACAGCUUUCAAGACUGAAGAUUCGAUGCUGCUGUAAACAUAUAUCAAAAGUUAUUAAAGCUGCUCGUGGAAUUGAUACUAAUGAGAAUGAAUCUGAUGAUGACGGAGAGAUGCAGUGCGAAAUUGAAAAAAUGUGCUAUAGACCAAAUAUCAACCUCAAUAAUAUGUCUACUUCUUCUAACAUUCCUAGAAACCAAGUGCCACAAGCAUCUGCAGCGCCACCAACUCUGCAAGAACCUGAUGAAGAGGCUCUGAAUAGGUCUAGAGAACAGACUUGCGGCAUCUGCUAUGAAAUUGUUAUGGAAAAACCUGAAAGGGAAAAACGAUUUGGAAUACUGCCUAAUUGUAAUCAUAGCUUUUGUUUAACUUGCAUUCGUAAAUGGAGACAAGCUAGACAAUUUGAAAAUAAAAUUAUUAGGGCUUGUCCGGAAUGCCGUGUUACUUCUGACUUUGUUUGUCCAAGUUCAGUUUGGGUUGAUGCUACAUGUGGCAAAGAUAAACUUUUGACCGACUACAAGCAAGCAUUGAGUCAGAAGCCUUGCAAACAUUUUAAGCAAGGAAGAGCAAAAUGCCCAUUUGGAAACAAAUGCUUCUACCUACAUGCAUUGCCAGAUGGAACCAAGGCUGAUGUAGGACCCCCUGUUAGGCGAUCACGCAAUCGUGAAAUGGACAUUGACAUGGUUCAGCGUUAUGUAAUUUGGAACUACGUACGAGAACGUGAACAAGAGCGUUUGCUUAGAAACAGUCGACUAGAUUAUGUUUCAGAAAUGGAUAAUGUAGAUGAUGAUGAUUGGUUUACUGUGUACUGAGGCCUUUUAUUCUUUUAUUUUUUUAUAAUAUUAAAAUAUUUAGUCUUCUAAUUGUGAUUGUUUCUUUGUUACAAAGAACAAUUUGAUAAUUUGUUUGCAAAAGCAAUUCAAUUGUUUUGAGCUUGAUAUGAAUGAUACCGGUGAUUUAUUUUAAAUUUGGG